UGUAAAACUGCUGAAAUCAGUCAGAGCUGCAAUGAUGGAAGCAUCUUUUCCCUGUCUGGUCUUUCUGACCUCAAUGCAGCUCCGUGCAACCUUUCAAGCUGGUCUGACUGUGAGUCCCAGCAGAUCUCAGUUCUUUGAAGGAAACUCUGUGUCUCUGAGCUGUGAGGAGGACAACAUCUCUGCUGGAUGGACUGUGAGGAGAAACACAACCAGAGAAACCAGAACUCAGUGUGGAAAAGGAUGGGGGACACAAGCUGGUUUAACCUGUAACAUCACCUACCUGUACCCAUCAGACACUGGAGUGUACUGGUGUGAGUCCAGAGAGGGAGCAGCCAGCAGCAGCAUCCAGCUCACUGUCUCUGAAGAACCCCUCACCUCCUCUCCCCAGUCUCCCUCUGCUCCCCGAGCCUCCUCUUCCUCUGCUCUUCUUUAUGUGUUGUUGCCUCUGGCAUCUCUGUGUGCUGUGGUAGCAUCAGUUUUACUGGUGAGACGGAGCUGCAACCAGUCAAAAGGUAACAAAGAACAACCUGGAGAGGACAGUCUCACCUAUAGUGGCCUCGUAAUAUCAGGUCAGCAACAGAACAAAGAGUCGACCUCAGUUAAUGAUUGGCUCCAGGAUGAGAUCAAACUGACAUGUUUCAACACAUCUUCUUUGUUCCCUCAGGAGAGCGAUCCAGCUACAAUCUACUCAACUGUGAGAAGACAACACACCAGUUGUGGAGAAAUAUUCAUCAACCAAAUGCACGACAAGACAAAUAUGACAGAGAGUGAUCCAGCUGCCAUUUAUUCAGAUGUGACAACAGAGGACAUCAGUUAUGGACAGAUAGUCAUCAGAGAAAACAGGAACAGAGCUGUUUCAGAGCUUCAACCAGAGCCUUGGGUCAUCUACUCGUCACUGAGAUGAUCUGCAGCCAGAAAAACACCAACCUUCAUGAAUUCGUGUUUUAUUGCCAGACUACGGAUGUAGUUCAUGGUUUUCAUUUGAAGCAGCAGCUCAUGUUCCCACAGCAGCUGUGAUGUUUCUCUGCAGAUGCCUUCAAACGUAACCAGACAUGUUCUGUUUUUCAUGGUGCUGUGUGGCUUUCAGGAACAACCCAGCUGUCCUUGUUUGAGGUUGGUUGACACAAACGUGGCUCCAGAGCUGCAACCAGAGAAUCAAACCACAGAUGCUGCUAAAGGAAGCAGCAACCUGGUUCAGGGUUUUGUUUUCUUUGUUUUAAACACUGAGUCAUCUGAUUUAAUCUUGUAGACAUGACUGUACCUUGAGAUCCUUUCCACGAACCCACAAACAGCAUAAAGACGAGCUGCUGACGGAAACUUCUGAUGAUCCCAACUGAGCCUGAUUCUCGGUACAAACAGCAGCUUUUCUGAUUCCUUCCUGGACUGUCGGGUUUUUCUAAUUGUUUGUGGAGGAAUAAAACGCAUCAGCUAAC